CUUGGAGCUGAAAAACACUGUUUGUUUAGUUUACUACGCAUUUCUUUUUUCAGUUGUGCGUUUUGAUGUUCUGUUGUGAUUAGAGAAAGAAAAACUUUUUAGUGACUUUAAGGAAAGAAAUUUCACGAUGUAGAGCCAGUAGAGCGUGAAUCUGGCAUUCUGAAUGCGAAUAUGAAGCAAUAACGCUCUCCAGCUUCAAGGUUUUGUCUCAUUAAAUUUUUGCAAAUCCAUCCUGCAGGUGAGCCGUGAAUCCUGCAUAGAUUCCCUGUAUAAGUGGAUGCUACACCAAUGUGCACAACAGGCACGUUGCGGUUGUGCCGACUUGAUAACGUGCAGAGCACAGAAAGAGUACGGGGCCAUUAGUGGGAAUGGCUUCCAGUCGGGGCUACAUGGUCAACGGAAGCUCUAGCUUUCCUCCGAACGAGCAAGGCCACGAUGACGAUCACGCCGUUCUGCUCAAUCCGACCCGACCGCCUGCAAACAAUACGUCUGGUCAACAGCAGUCAGUCCUGUCGGAGACGCUGAUGAACGAAUUCGCCGUGAAGAAGAAACCUCCACGCCGAUCUGGCUCCUCUGUGACACUUCCGCGGGCUUUUCUCAUGCGAAUGAAAUCGGAGGACAACAAUAAUAAAAACGAUCAGCGUGCUGUUCCGCUGGUUCCGGGCGAAUCUCUCCGCAACUCUGACAACGAGUCCCGUGCGUCCGAACCAAAACUCCGCCGCAAAUCAUCCUUCAAAGUUCUGUUGGAUAGAUUUCGUCAGUACCAAUCCACUGAUAAUCUGAGUGAACGGCGACGUCGACCGGUGGUGCAUUACGUGGAGGAGACACCUGGUCGGCUGGUUGUUCCAGUGACCGGUCUGCAGAAUCACGGCAACUCCUGCUACAUUAACGCAGUCUUCCAGUGCUUGAAUAAUACAGCACAGAUUUAUGAUUUUUUUAUUUCGGGCCAUUAUCUGAAAGAACUGGCAAGGAGAAAUCGGGAAAAUUCUAAAAAAUAUGGAACAAACGGAGAGUUGACAGAAGCCUGUGGCAUGCUAGUGCAGAGUUUGGGACGGGCCACCUACACAACCGAGAACAGUACCGCUUUGAUUGGCACUGUCGCGAGACAUUGGAAGCAGUUCCAUGAUGGUGGAGGUGGAGAGCAAGAUGCCCAGGAAUUUUUGAACUGGCUGCUAGACAGAAUCCAUGAAGAUUUGAAUAGAAAAGCUAGGAAGAAACUCAAGAUUAGAAAAACAAAACCGGACGAUCGUCUGGCAGCUAUGACGGAAGAAGCCUGGGGUCGCAGCUUUAUUUCGCGCUUGUAUCGCGGCUUGUUCCGCUCAUCCCUUACCUGCGUGCAGUGUGGUCAGCAGAGCAAUACCUUCGACCCCUUUAUGUGUCUUUCUGUUCCAUUGCCCCAAGUGGACAUGCGGCCUAUCUACGUCAACGUCGUGUUCUUCGAUCUCCAGUCGCGCAUCACGCGUUAUGGUUUUUCUACCAGCGUGGACUGUUCCGUCAUGGAUGUCAAGGACCUGGUGGGGCAGCGAACCGGAAUUCGAGCUGAAGAGAUGGUGGUAUUGGAAGUGAGCAAUAAAGGUUUCGAGCGGACGUUAUCCAGUGAACACGGCAGUGACAUACUGCAAGAUGUGGAUGAACUUUAUGUUAUCGAAAUGCCUAAAGCCAGAGCCAGUGAAGAGGAAGAGCAUAUCUUUAUUCUUCUUAUGCACACUUCCAGAAGCAAUAAUCAGGAUUUCAGAAAAUUAAGUGAUCCACGCGUCGUGCAAGUGUCUCGCGAAGUGACUUACAGAGAGCUGGUGGAAGCCGUGUUGGCCAACAUAGAGGCCGCAACACUGUUCAGGGAAACGAUAGAUGCUCCUUUCCGGUUACGUCUUGUAGAGCGAUCGGAAUACAUCACUGCCCAGGUGGAUCAUCCGUUAUAUAUGGAAGCCGUGGAUGAAUGUUUAUCUUUUAAUCAAACGUCCACUGGCCCUCGCCACUUAAAAUUGUACGUGGAAUGGGAUGAUAAGAACGCUGAUUUCGUUGCCCACCGCUUGAUCCGGGAAAAAAUUGUGGACGAUGUCAGCGUAGCUACUAUUCGCAACAUGCCAGAGUCUGCCAAAAAGACCGCUCUUUCUGACUGUUUGGACCUGUUGAUGCAGGAAGAAAAGGUGGGUAUGGAUGAAAGUGAUCUUAGUUGGGAAUGCCCCAGUUGCGGCGGCCGCCAAAUGGGCACGACCAAACGCGGCACAUUGUGGAAUCUGCCAGAGAUUCUGGUCAUCCAUUUGAAACGUUUCCGACAAUCAGCCAGUACGCGUUUCAAAUUGACAACUAUGGUAGAUUUUCCUAUUAACCACCUGGACAUGGCGCGUUAUCUAACCAAAGAUGAAGAUCUCAACAGGGAUCGCCGCACUAAGAGUAGCAAGACGUCGUGGUUUAUGUGGCCAAAGCCGCGCCGGCCACCCGAUUCGGAGGUGCAUAAUAUUCACUCGUACAGUCUCUUUGGUGUUGUGAAUCACACGGGACGGCUGAAUUCAGGACACUAUACAGCGUUUUGUCGCCACCCUGCGGACGGUGCCUGGUACAUGUACGAUGACUUAAAGGUGAAGACCGUCAGCGAUCCCCGGGAACUUGUGACCAAGGAUGCUUAUCUUCUUUUUUACCAGCGCGAUCCUUUGGAAACGUAUCCCAACCUUUAUUACAAUGAUUUCGAGCAGGUGUCGACACAUAAUGGCUACAAGAUGUGCCCGGUUGUUCAGCGUCCGUCCCGCUCGACGGAAGAUAUCCCCCACGCGCUCACUGAUGAGGACCAAAGAAGCCCGAUAGCCACCCAUACAGAGGAAACUGGCAACGGCUUCACCCGAACCGCUCAAAUAUAUGCUUCCCUGCCGCGGCCUCGAUACACUCGACGGCCGCUGAUUGUGCAUAAACCAGUCGCUGAUUCUUCUGCUCUUCCGCCGGUGCUGCCAGAGUCUUUGGACUCUCCGAUCCUAUCACAGGGUAUACCUCAUUCCUUCUCCCAGCCUAACGGGAAUCUGUCCAACGGCUUUGAUCGUUCUCCGCCCCAGCAUGUCUCCAGUGCGCAUGCCCCGAAUGAACAUUUUUAUCAGCGUCACUGGAAUCAUAGCCGAGACAAUGCAAGGCAGAUCAGUGAAUCCUGUUUAUAGGUGUGCUUUCGAGGUGAUGAAAAGGUGCUUGCUUAUCUGGUGAAGAUGAAAGUGUAUUUUGGAUAUUUUAUCUUGAAAUUUUAUGGGGUUUUGAUGGAGUGAUAUCGGACUGAAAUGACUAGUUGUAUGCAUAUUAAGUGGAAUAUGUCCUUCGUUCUGGUCCCUUUUGCCGCUUGUUUUCUGCCGUUCUUUCUGGUGUGGUUGAUCUUUACGCAAGUAGUCUUUGCGGGGUUUUUCGUGUGUCUAAGGCUGGGUUUACGUUUAUUUUGCAGCUCUUUUAAAGGUUUUGUUGAAUACUAGAUGGUGAUGGCCACAUGGCUGCCUGCAGAAAUGUUUUGCUACUUCUGCGAAAUCAAAUUGUCCUCUGCUGGAACUUUUGUCCCGUUGUACACAAAUUUGGAAUUUUUUGCUUGGCUUGUGAGUUAAAACUUCUUGAAUAUUACGAAAUUGUAAACCAUUUAUGACUAUAAAAAUUUGAAUGCAUUA